AUGGCGUCAUCUUCAGUGGUCGUUCAAGGUAUGCAGCAGUGCCCGGAGCCAGGCCGGUUCGUGGCAAUGGCACCAUGGGGGUUCUCAGGCCUCCAAAAAUCACCUUCACCCUCGGACCCUCAUCCAGAGGAGCAAGAAGCGUUUGCGACUGAUGACGGAGAAGCUGAAACGCAGAACGCUGAAAACGGCGGCUGGAGUUUCCUCCAAUCCAUUAUCUCCAAAACUGACACAAACGCUGUUUACGUUCACCCUCUCGCCAACUCUGCGAAACUCAGCAAGAGAAGCUUAGAGAUGUGCACAGAAGGUCUUGGGAGCGAGACGGGCCACUGUCCGAUGGGGAGCUCCGAGGAAAUGUCAUUGUUUUCGCCCGAAACUCACCCCAAGAAGGAAGCUUUAAGGCGGAGGACUGGAGAGAGAGCGUUAACGGGAAAAGGGUCGAACCGAGUAGAAGCUCGUUUUCCUCCCACGAUUAGAAGUUCGGGAGAUGGCGUGAGAGUGAAGCCACGCAGAGAAGGCGGUCGACUUGUUCUUGAAGCAGUGAGCGUUUCGUCUUCUAUUUCUGGAUUUCACGUGGAGAGAAACGAAGGUAGGCUUAGGCUUUGUCUCCUUAGAGACUCGGAAGAGGGAUACGAUAAAAGUUAUGGGGCCUGA